AUUCGCAGAAAAGAAUCUCUAAUAGAAAGUCGCGAGGAUAUCCUCCGGGCGUCGGUAGCAUCCAUCAUGUCUCUCAUCCACUCGUCCGUGGGCAAGUACUCCGUCAAGAUGUGGCAGGAGAUGCGCCGCACCAACUACGUCACGCCCACUAACUAUCUAGAGCUGGUGUCGGGGUAUAAGGAAAUGUUGAAGAUGAAGAGAUACGAGGUGGCGCUGCAGGCCAAUAAGCUGCGCAAUGGGCUCGGCAAGGUGGAGGAGACUACCAAGCUCGUUGGUCAGAUGUCGGAGGAGCUUGCCGUGGCCCAGGUCCAAGUGGCAGAUUACACGGAGCAGUGCAUAGAAUACAUGGGCGUGAUCAACGCACAGCAACGCAACGCCGACGAGCAGCAGCGAAGCGUAGCAGCCCGCAGCAAGAAGACCAUGGAAGAAGAAGUGCAGUGCAAGAAACUGGCCGACGCCGCGCUACGCGACCUGGCCUCCGCCAUGCCCGCGCUCGAGGAGGCCGUCAAGGCUCUGGACGCGCUGAACAAGAAAGACAUCACAGAAGUGAAGUCUUACGCGAAACCACCUCAAAAAGUAGAAAUGGUGCUAGAGGCUGUGCUGAUCCUGUUACAAAAAGAGCCGACUUGGGCCGAAGCUAAGCGUCAGCUCGGCGACCAGUACUUCCUGGAUCGUUUGCGGGAGUUCGACAAGGAUAACAUCUCUGACAAGACACUCAAGAAGAUCGGCACCUACACCGCUAAGCCCGACUUCGACCCAGAGAUUGUGGGCACGGUGUCUUCAGCUGCCAAGUCGCUUUGCUUAUGGGUGAGGGCUAUUGAGAAGUACGGCAAGGUUUACAAAAUCGUGAAACCCAAGAAAGAACGUCUCGAAGAAGCGUUAGAAUCGCUCCGCAUGAAGCAGCAGAUCUUGGCAGAGGCUCGAGCCAAGUUGCGUGAACUCAGCGAGAUGAUCGCGCGCCUACAAAAAGAGUAUGACGAGAAGGUGGCGCAGAAAGACGAGCUCGAACGCAAGUCCAGGCAGCUGCAGCUCAAGCUGGAGCGAGCUGAGGCACUUAUCACGGGACUGUCGGGUGAAAGGGAACGAUGGGAGCUCACAGUGGAGCGCUUGGACAAGGAGUUCGACAACCUGCCGGGCGACUGCCUCAUCGCCACCGGCUUCGUGGCCUACCUCGGGCCCUUCGUCUCCGAGUACCGCGAGUCCUUGAUGAGUGACUGGUUCAUGGAGGUGUAUAACGAAAACUUGCCAGUGACAAUGGAUUUGAGCAUGAAAUACUUCCUCCUUGAUGACGCCACACUGAGAGAUUGGAAUUACAUGGGGUUGCCUGACGACAACUUCAGCGCGGAGAACGGCAUUAUAGUGGUGCGCGCCACGCGUUGGCCGCUAGCCGUCGAUCCGCAGGGACAGGCGCUCAUCUGGAUCUCGCAUCUCGAGGAGAAGAACGACAUACAGCUUGUCGACUUCGGCCAGCCGAACUACCUCAAGAUAAUGGAGAACUGCCUGACGGACGGCACGCCGGUCAUCGUGCAGAAUGUAGGCGAGGUGCUGGACCCGUCCAUCGCUCCCAUCCUCGACAAGGCAAUCGUCACCAUCGGCUCAGCUACAGUCAUCAAGUUCAAUGAGAAGAUGGUGCCUUAUAAUAAAAACUUUAAGAUGUAUCUUACCACUAAGCUGGGCAAUCCAGUAUACACGCCUGAGACGCUAACCAAGACGACGAUGGUGAACUUUGCGGUAAAGGAGCAGGGCCUGACGUCACAACUGCUCGGCAUAGUCGUGCGCAAGGAGCGGCCCCAACUGGAAUUGAUGAAAGACAACCUUGUGAUGACCAUCGCUAAUAAUAAGAAGACUUUGAUGGACUUGGAAAACGACCUACUCCGCAUUAUGUACGAGUCGCAAGUACCGCUGCUGGACAACGAGGAGCUGUUUGUGACAUUACAAACGUCACAGCGCACGUCGCUUGAGGUCAAGGAAGCCCUCAUCACCUCCACCGAGACUGAGAAGGAGAUCGACACAGCUAGACAGGGCUACGUCCCAGUGGCAGUCCGCGCGUCUGUAUUAUUCUUCGCGCUGAAUGACCUGUCGCGCAUCGACCCGAUGUACCAGUUCUCCCUGGACGCUUAUAUCGACCUGUUCAACUACUCCAUCGACCGCAGCCCUAAGGGCGGCGAGCUGGAAGACCGGAUUAACAACCUGAACGAGUUCCAUACUUAUGCUGUGUACAAGAACACCUGCCGAGCGUUGUUCGAGCGUCACAAGCUGCUGCUGUCUUUCCACAUCGUGUCUCGCAUCCUGUUCCAGAUGGGCAAGCUGAGCACCCACGAGUACCUCUUCCUGCUCAAGGGCGGCGUCGUGCUCGACCGCUCCGAGCAGCCGGAGAACCCCACUAACUGGAUGCCGGACGAGUGCUGGGACAACGUGACGGAGCUGGACAAGCUGCCGGGCUUCCACGGCGUCAUCGACGCCUUCGAGGUGUUCACCAAGGAGUGGCGCGAGUGGUACCUCAACCCCGAGCCCGAGCUGCAGCCGCUCAUCGGCGACUGGAACGAGAUAUGCAACGACUUCCAGCGGAUCCUGUUCGUUCGGUCGCUGCGCGUGGACCGCGUGUCGGCCUGCAUCACGACCUUCAUCAUCAACGUGCUCGGCCCGCGCUACGUCGAGCCGCCCGUGCUGGACAUCAAGGCGGCGUGGGAGGAGUCGACGUGGAAAACGUCGCUUCUAUUCGUGCUGUCUCCGGGCGUUGACCCCACGGCGUCGCUCAUCCAGCUGGCCAUCGACGUCAAAAUGUUCGACAAGUUCCAGUCGCUCAGCCUCGGGCAAGGCCAGGCGCCCACGGCUGCCAAGAUGUUAUCUCACGGCAUGAAGGAGGGCGGCUGGGUGUUCCUGGCGAACUGCCACCUGGCGUGCGAGUGGCUGGGCUCGCUGCGAGGCUUCGACAACCCGCGCAUCCACCCGCGCUUCCGGCUGUGGCUCACGUCCAUGCCCGACGACAAGUUUCCCCUUAACGUGCUGCAGCGAAGCAUUAAGAUGACCACCGAGCCGCCGCAGGGCCUGAAAGGCAACAUGGUGCGCAUCUUCGCUAACCUGAACGAGGACAAGUUCGACGAGGCGUCGCCCAAGUACCGGCGCCUGCUGUACUGCGUGGCUUUCUUCCACUGCACACUCAUUGCUCGCAAGCGCUUCCGACAGCUCGGCUAUAAUGCUGUUUACAGCUUCAACGACGCCGACUUCGACGUGUCAGACAAUCUACUAGCCAAUUACUUAGAGGAGUACGAGGAGGUGCCGUGGGACGCGCUUCGCUAUCUGUUCGCCAUCAUCAACUACGGCGGCCAUAUUACUGACGACUGGGACAAGCGCGUGCUCAUUGCUUACAUAAACCAGUUCUUCUGCGAAGAGGCGCUCGACGUGCCCUUCUACAGACUGUCGUCGAUCCCCGCGUACCACAUCCCGCGCGACGGCAGCCUGGAGUCGUACCGCGACUUCCUGGACCUGCUGCCGCCGGCCGAGCGCGCCGAGUCCGUGGGCCAGCACGCCUCGGCCGACGUGGCCACUCUCGCGCAGGAUACCCUAAUCAUGUGCUCGACGCUGUUUGCGCUAGCGUCCACUGGGGGUGGCGGAGCUGGUGGUGGAGAAGACCAGAAGGUGGACGAGCUGGCAGCAGAGAUGCUGGUGAAGCUUCCGUUCAAGAUCGACGUGGAGACCACGGAGCGGAUGAUGGGCCCCGAGAUCGUCAUGCCCAUGUGUGUGUCGCUGCUGCAGGAGAUCGGAUACUACAACGUCCUCAUCGCCAGCAUCACGGCCGGACUCAAGGAGUUACGUCGAGCCAUCGAAGGUCUAGUCGUCAUGUCUGACAUGCUGGAGAUCAUGUACUCUUGCAUCUUCGAAGGCAGAGUGCCGUCCUUCUGGCAGAAAGGUCGUCCGUCCAUGAAGCCUCUGGGCGCGUGGUGCCGCGAGCUUUACUUGCGUGGGGCGCACCUCCACGCGUGGGCUAACGCGCCGCGCGCGCCGCCCACGCUCUGCUGGCUGCCCGCGCUCGUGGCGCCUACCGGCUUCCUCACCGCCGUCAUGCAGACAACGGCCCGCGGCGAGGGCUGGCCCAUAGACACGCUGUGUUGGGAGUUCUCCGUCAUGCCUCUCGAGGAGUCCGGCUUCGUGCGACCGCCGCGCGACGGAGGCGUCUAUGUCAGGGGCCAGUACCUCGAAGGCGCGAGCUGGUUCAAAAAGGAGGGCCACUUGCAAGAGCCGCUGCCCAUGCAGCUGGUGUUCCCUCUCACGCCCAUACACUUCAAGCCCAUCCGCGCCACGGGACGGAGGCUCAAAAAUCGCUACGUGUGCCCGUGCUACUACUACCCCAUGCGCAAGGGCGCCUUCGUGGUGGCCGUCGACCUGCCCUCGGGCAAGGAGACGGCCGACUUCUGGGUCAAACGCGGGACGGCUCUGCUGUGCACGCUCGCCACAUAAAUUCUGACGUUGUACCGUGUGGACUUAGAUUUAUUAAAC